AUAUGUGUGUGUUUUCUAAAACCGAGAGAGAACAUAGUCCGCCAUGUUUGUUUAAUUGUUUAAUUAAAUUAAAUGCCCUGACUGCAACUCUUGCAUACCUGGGCACUUUGUAACGGUCGCAUCAGCAGAUGUAUCGCUAGAAUCGCUCGUAGGUGCCAUAAUUUCAGUUGACACGCCAAUUAGUGCAUUUAUAAUUCAUGACGUGGGUUAAUUGCUACACUUAAACCCAACAAAACGGCCAGCGAUUGGGGCUUUAGGGCCCCUAAGAGGAAACCCGAACCUUAUCUCGAACAACAGACAGCAGAUAAAGUUGUUUAUGACUUAGCCCGAAGAGCAGAGAACCUCUGUGAAUCAGUUUUAGCCAAAUCUUUGAGAUGGUAACAACACAACGGACCAAAGAGAUUUGCCAGGUAGUUCGGCUGAAGUCCACGCAGGUGUUCCUGGUAGCCGGAACAGUUUUACUAACGGUGAUGGUCAGCUUGCUUUGCAUUGGCCUAAUGACCCGGUACGAGGUGGAGAACGAAGUGGCCAACGUGGCGGAUGUGGACUAUUGGAAGGACAAGGUGGCACCAACGCAGAAAAUCUGGUAUGAUAAGGGCAUUGAGGAGCUCAAUGAAGCGCUAAGAUCUCCCAAGAAUCCCUUGUAUCCCAGAAACGUGGGGAUAUUUCUAGUACAGGGCGUUGAUGGUCGUGACUUGGCUUCUCUUCGGUUUCCAGCUGGGGAUUUUAACCAGGGUAAUACCAACUUUGUUUGGGAUCAGUUUCCCCAUUUGGCUCGCUUAAAGAACAGCUGCAGUCAGCAGUUUCCCUGUGAAGUGGAUAGGGUUUCCAGAGCACUUUGGUCGGGAAUACCUUUGGAUGAAGUACCUAAAAGUCAGCAAGACUGUGGAGAGUUGGUCAAUGGAACAGAAACCCCACUGAGUAUUCUUCGCCAGGCCCAAUUGGCUGGUCUAAGAACUGGUUUCGUUACCACUCAAAGGAUCACUGGAUCUACAGGAGCUGCUCUGGGAAAUACCUUCAGCAACUACGAAUGCGAUGAAAGAAUGCCUUUGGGUUCCUUUAAAUCAGGAUGCCAGGAUAUAGCCCGUCAGCUGAUCUCCGGUGUGACUGGUAAAUCUCUAAAUGUAAUCAUCGGAGGCGGGAGGCAAAUGUUGAGUACUCUGGUGCCCAAAACCCGGUGGGAUCCCGUGGAUGAGCUUCUCUGCGAGUCCAACGAUGGUCGCAAUCUUUUAAAGGAGUGGCGUAACCAAAAACUCAAGGAAAGCAAAAUCAAACCCAUCAAAUUCGAUUUAGUACAGCGGACCGAUGAGUUGGAAUCCUUAAAUGCCAGCAGUUUUGAUCAUAUCCUGGGUAUAAUGGCAAAUGGAGAUUUAAGGGGAAAUGCAAGGGCCCCAAGUCUUAAGUUAAUGGUAGAAAAAUCUGUACAAGUAUUGAAAAAGCCAGGCCAGGGCUAUCUACUCAUAGUGGAGCAGUUUAUAGAGUCAGACAUGGACAAAAAAAAGGAGCUGCAGGCCUUAAACGAAACUUUGGCUAAUCUUCAAGAGGAUAGGGAUACUCUUACUCUAGUUCUCAUGACCAAUGCCAUCUAUUCAAAACCAAGUUUGGAUGUGAGUGAAGAAACGCAGACAAUAAACCACCUUCUAGAGACUUUUAAGGAAACAGAACUUGAAAUCCAACAAAGAUUAUAUCAAAUGCCAUCGGAUAGUUUGCUUUUUGCUCGUGGACCUAAGUCAGCAAUUUUUCGUGGUGUUCGGAGGGAAACCUUUCUGGCACACGCUGUAUCCCAUGUCCUUAGCAAGAGCAGAAAUAAAGGUUAAUUAAUCUUAAAACUUAUAAAUUAUAAGGGUUCUUUAAGUAACCCAACCUGAGAAAGAACAUAAUCUUUAUAGAGCGCACAAUAUUUAAAUAUUUAGUUUAGAUAAUGGCUUUAAAAAAAUGAUUUUGAAAAUUGAAAUGUUAAGUUAUUUACUACAUGUAAUCUCAAUAAAAACUUUUUGUAAUUAAGGUGGAAUAUUUGCCAACAAAGAAUUUUUGUAAAAACAAAUAUCAUGUUUCAAUAUUUGUUUAUAUACUCAUACCAUAAAUAAUUGGAUGGAUCAAAAUUGAUAUGAUGAUAUUAAUAAAAGAACCUGUAUAUAUUUUAUUUAAUUACUUAAAGAAAGACAUAAUUUGUAAAAAAUUCAAAUUAUAUUACUACCGUCUUCCUAACAUACCCCAAAAAAACAUCCCAAA